UAGUACCCAACAUAAGGACGAAGGUAGAGAGAGAGAUCGAGAGAGGGAGAGGAAGGGCUUCUUGAGUUCCGUCGGACACAGAAGCCGUCGGCCAUGGCCUAUUCCCGUCCUUCCCUCUCCGUGGAAACGCCAACUAUCCAUCUUGACGGGAAGGAACAUAUCAUUCGGACUGGCUGCGGUUCUGUGUCUGUUACCGUGUAUGGAGAUCAAGAAAAGCCACCAUUGAUUACCUAUCCUGAUUUAGCUCUAAAUCACUCGUCAUGUUUCCAAGCACUAUUUUUCUGUCAACAUUCAGCUUCGUUGCUACUCCAAAAUUUCUGCAUAUAUCACAUUACUCCACCCGGUCAUGAGUUAGGAGCUGCAACGAUUUGUAUGGAUGAUCCGGUGCCUUCUGUUGAGGAUCUUAGUGAUCAAAUUCUUGUGGUCCUCAAUCAUUUUAGGCUCGGUUCAGUGAUGUGUAUGGGAGCAAUGGCGGGUGCGUACAUACUUACACAAUUUGCGAUAAAGUAUAGUGAAAGAGUUACCGGUUUGAUACUUAUAUCCCCUAUAUGCCGAGCACCCUCUUGGAAUGAAUGGUUUUACAAUAAGUUCAUGUCAAAUUUGCUCUAUUAUCACGGUAUAAGUGAUUUGUUGAAGGAGUUAUUGAUUCACAGAUACUUCAGUAAGGAAGUUUGCGGUAAUAUUAAUCUAGAAGUCCCCGAAUCAGAUAUAGUUCGAUCAUGCAGAAAGUCAUUGAAUGAGAGAGAUAGCAUUAACGUAUGGCGGUUUCUUCAAGCAAUCAGCAGGAGACGAGACAUCACCGAAAAUUUAAAGAGUCUUGAAUGCCGAACGAUCAUCUUUGUUGGCGACAGCUCUCCGUUUCAUAAUGAAGCUCUUCACAUGAAUGCAAACUUGGGUAAAACAUGUUCUUCUUUUGUUGAGGUACAUGCUUGUGGAUCAAUGGUGAAUGAAGAACAGCCUCAUGCAAUGCUGAUCCCGCUGGACUCUUUUCUGAUGGGAUAUAAAUGGUACAAACCAUACCGGUUCAUGGGCAUCCCGAGGAGCCCUAUUGGUCCGCGCUGCAUUGCUCCCGAGCUUCUUUACCCUGAAAACAUGGGAGUGAAGCUUAAACCAAUAAAAACACGUGUAUCUCCUCUCCGUCCUCGUACCCAAAAAAGUUGACACUUCCUUCCUUUCUUUCGUCCAACAUAAAAUAAAUGAGAAAAAAACAACAUAUACGGCCGCUGUAUACAUUAUGGGUAUUUUUAUAUAUAUGGAAGGGUAGGGAAUUACAUGUAUAGAUACAGAGUAGAGGAUAUUUCAUUUAUAGAUUUUAUGAAUCUUAAACUCUGUAUUUUGUGAAGAUGAAAAUAAAAUCAUGCCUUCCUAA